UCCGGGGGUGUCCCCUCAGGAACCCCGGGGAACAGGGGUGUCCCCUCACGAACCUCGCGGGAACCGGGGUGUCCCCUCACGAACCUCGCGGGAACCGGGGUGUCCCCUCAUGGCCCCCGCAGGAACAGGGGUGUCCCCUCACGGAUCCCGCAGGAACACCGGUGUCUCCUUCAGGAACCCCGCAGGAACAGGGGUGUCCCCUCACGGAUCCCGCAGGAACCGGGGGUGUCCCCUCACGGAUCCCGCAGGAACCGGGGGUGUCCCCUCACGGAUCCCGCAGGAUCCCUCACGGUCCCCUCACGACCGGCUGGAGUAAAAGUGGCUCCUCACGACCCCCGUAUCAAAGCGGGAACCAGUGGUGUCGCCUCACGACCCCUGCGGGAAGACGGGAGUCGGGAAUGUCGCCUCUCCACCCGCGAUGCAGGGCUGGAGUCAGGGCGUCCCUUCAUGUCCCCUGCGAGAACAAGGGUGUCCCCUCACGGACCCCGCGGCAGGCCGGGCACCGGCGUUGUCCCCUCACGGCAGAAUGGAGUCAGGGUGUCCCCUUAUGACCCGCGCUGCCACUCAGCCGAGGGAACCCGCUCUGUAAUUCCUGUCGCUCGUUGUCCCUCAGCUCUCGGGGCGAUGUGGAGCCCGGCCCCGCUGUGCGCCCUGGGCCGGCGGCGCCCCGGCCCCUCCGCGCCGCUGCAGCCCCUGACCCGCCUGCUCCAGAGGGAAUAUCGGCAGAAAACCCCGACCCGCCUGCUCCAGAGGGAAUAUGAGGCGAAAACCCCUUUCUGCCUGCCCCAGAGGGAAUAUCGGGAGAAAACCCCUUUCUGCUUGCUCCAGAAGGAAUAUGAGGCAAAAACCGCUUUCUGCCUGCUCCAGAGGGAAUAUCGGGAGCUGCCGCUGCCGGGGCAGGGCUGGGGAAGGACACAGCACCUGCCUCCCCGCCGGUUUUUAAGUAAAAAACCCAAAUCCAAGCGCCAUCCCAAAACAUUCCCGGUUCUAGAUGGACAUGUCCCAGCCGUGUACCAACACGUGUUCGAAGAGAAUUUAAGGAACAGCGAGGCUGUGAUUAAAAGGUACUCGGAAUUGCUGGAGAGGGUGAAGAAAGGAGGGGGAGAACACGCCAUCCUGCGGCACACGCAGCGCAACAAGAAGGUGUUCGUGCGGGAGCGCCUGAGGCUGCUGCUGGACGGUGCGGAUUUCCUGGAGCUGUCCCCGCUGGCAGGGCUGGACAUGCCCUACGGGGAUGUCCCUGCUGCCGGCUGCCUCACGGGAAUUGGCAGAAUCUGUGGGGUCUGGUGUGUCUUCAUUGCAAGUGAUGCCACUGUGAAAGGAGGAACCAUCUACCCAAUUGGAGUGAAAAAGCAAUUGAGAGCCCAGGAAAUUGCCAUGGAGAACAGGCUGCUGUCUGUGCACCUGGUGGACAGUGGGGGAGCCUUCCUGCCCCUGCAGUCAGAGCUGUUUCCUGACAAGCUGCAUGGUGGCAGGAUUUUCUACAACGAGGCAAUCAUGUCUGCCAUGGGAAUCCCUCAGGUGGCCGUGGUGUGUGGCUCCUGUGUGGCUGGAGGUGCCUACGUGCCCACCAUGGCUGAGGAAUCCGUGAUCAUUGAUAAAAUUGGGACACUGUUCCUUGCUGGGCCACCCCUGGUGAAAGCUGCCACGGGAGAAGAUGUCUCUCCUGAGGACCUUGGAGGAGCCAGGCUUCACUCACAAGUCAGUGGCUGCAGUGACCAUUUUGCACCCUCAGAAGAGGAGGCCUAUGAGUGCAUUCGUAAUGUUGUCUCUACCUUAAACUGUGAGCCAGUGCCAGAGCAGGACAGGGAGCCUGACAGUCCCUUGUACAGCCCUGAGGAGCUCCUGGGCCUGGCACCACUGGGUUACAGCUGCACUCUUCCUGUCAAACUGGUUCUGAGCCGGCUGGUGGAUGGAAGCAGAUUCCAGGAAUUCAAGGCUACUUAUGGAACAACACUAGUGACAGGAUUUGGCCACGUGGAAGGGCACUUGGUGGGGAUAGUGGCCAACAAUGGGGAGCUGGCUCACGAUGCUGCUCUCAAGGGCAGCCACUUUGUCCAGCUCUGUGGCCAGAGGGGAAUUCCCAUCCUCUUCCUCCAAAACACUGCUCCACAGCCAGCAGGGCCUGCAAGCAUCUCACAGGCAGAGGCUCAUUCCAACAGGCUGAAGGCCCAGGCCUCCAUGAUGGCUGCAGUUGCCUGUGCUGCUGUUCCCAAAAUAACCAUUGUCAUUGGAGGCUGUUUUGGGAGUGACAGCUACAUCAUGUGUGGGAGAUCAUUCAGUCCAAACUUUCUUUUCCUGUGGCCUAAUGCAAGAGUUGGUCUUGUUGAUUCUCAGCAUUUCCCCACAGUUCCACCAGCUGGGGACUGGACAGGAGAGGAACUGGAGCUAAAACAGCUGAAGGCAAAGCUAGAGGAAGAAAGCAGUGCCUUUUACUCCUCUGCCAGGCUCUGGGAUGAUGGGAUCAUUCUACCUCAAGACACCAGGAAGGUGAUUGCCCAGUGCUUGGAGAUCAUGGAACAGAAGAAGUACCAGGCUGUGUCUCCCCGUCCCCAACCCAUCAUCAGGAUGUAACUGCAGCCCCCUCAAACCAGAGCCCUCUACCAGAACUCUGAGUAUUAACAUUUUCUAAUUCUUUGAUACCAUUAAUAAAAGUGUUGAACAAUUGAAGACAAACAAGAAUCCCAGAUUUUAAAUCUGCUGGCAG